AUGCCUGAUGCUGAACGACCUGCUCUCGACAAGAACAAACUCGACAACCAAGUUGAGUUUCCUCAAGCUCCUAUCGAAGUUCCUGCCGAGGACCGCAAUAGAAGGGUCAAGACAUAUCCCACGAUCUCUUAUCAUUGGCGUUCUUGCCUCCCUCCACAAACAUGUGUCUCCUGCGACCGACCACGAGCCAGUCAAGGAAUCCGAGGCUCAGGUUGCAGUGAACGCAGUCGCAUCGUUCAGAUCAUCUACUCUCUCGGUGAUGGUACGGUACUGGCCGGUACUCUGCUCAUCGCCAAGAUCAGCAAGAAACUUGCCGACUGA